AGCUGCUGUGGUCCUCGCGCUGCGUUAUGAAUCAUAUGACUGCAAGAAUUCACAAACUUCCUGUUCGAGAGCACAAGUGAAAGCAAGAAACCCGAGUCUCAUAUUAAAGCGAAUGGCACCCAGAAAAGCGUCUUGCUGGAGACAAUGUGCAUAAUCUCUAGAGAAUGGAGGAGCUGAUAGGAGACAGGAGAGUUGAGGACGAAAGGAGUUUGAUAAAAACGCCAUCCAAUGUCCAAACCAACUACCAAGACAAUGACGUGCCCACACCCACAGAUCAGAUCCAGCACGCCACCACGCCAUGUUUCGUGUACACCCUGGCUUUCUUCUCGGCUCUGGGUGGAUUCCUGUUUGGCUAUGACACAGGAGUGGUGUCUGGAGCCAUGCUUCUGCUGAAGAGAGAGAUGAACCUGAGCUCUCUGUGGCAGGAGCUUCUGGUCUCCAUCACUGUUGGCGCCGCGGCUGUUUCCGCUCUGGCUGGAGGGUUUCUCAACGGGCUUUUCGGCCGGAGAAUCUGCAUUCUGCUCGCUAGCUUCAUCUUCUCUGCUGGAGGAAUCCUCCUGAGUGUCGCACACAGCAAAGAGGUUCUUCUGUGUGGAAGGCUCACGGUUGGCCUUGGCAUAGGAAUUGCAUCCAUGACUGUGCCCGUGUACAUCGCUGAGGUGUCCCCUUCUCAUCUCCGAGGUCAGCUGGUCACCAUUAACACUCUGUUUAUCACUGGUGGGCAGUUCGUAGCCAGCGUGGUGGACGGGCUCUUUAGCUACCUGCCCCAUGAUGGCUGGAGAUAUAUGUUGGGUUUGUCUGUUGUUCCCGCCGUCCUGCAGUUCACGGGGUUCCUCUUCCUCCCCGAGAGUCCUCGCUGGCUCCUGCAGAACGGAGAGACCCAGAAGGCUCGGCUGAACUCUUUAACAACUCAAUCAUUGAUUCAGAUGUAA